AUGGCCGUUCUGUUUCGUCCUUCGGUGCUGCUGCUGAUCGCGGGGCUGCUGGUGGCAUGCCUGCUGAUCACCGGCGGCGAUGGAUUUCGGCUACGUGACUACGAGGUGGACGACGACCAGCGCGUUGCGAUGGCCGUGGCGAAAACUCGGAUCCAGCGACGAUCGGCUGCCGUGACGGAAGUGAAACAGCACAAAAAGCGGCUCCGGUUGGGUGCUGAAGAUGAUGACGAUGAUGAUGGCGAUGACGGUGACGAAGAUGAAGAUGAAGAACAAGCGGCGGAGAAAAAAUAUAAGUUUGAGAGAGUUCGUCGGAGUUAUAAGUCUUCCCCGUCCGAGGAACGGAAACGGGACGAUCGGGUGCGGGUCGAGGAUAAGGGAAAGUCCAAGAAAGCGUUUAGGGUACUGAAACCGAAAGUAGACGAUGGUGAUGACGAUGAUCAUGAUGAUGAAGAUGAAGACGAAGACGAUGAUGAUGAUGAUGAUGAGGAGGAAGAAAAAUCAAUUUUUAACUUAUAUGGUUUGUUUGGUUCGAAAAAAUCGAAAACAGAAGACAGAGCUGAUAAAGUAGAAGCAAAAACAAAAGAUGACGAAGAUGAUAAUGACGACGACGAUAAUGAAGAAGACGAAGGAAAGGAUAAUGAAGGAAUGUUUGGUUGGUUGAAAGAUUUGCGAAGCAAAUCUUCCGAACAAGACAAAGAUGAUGACGAUGAUCAUGAAGAUGAUGAUGCAAAAGACAACGACCAAGCUGACGAUGCCGAAGAGGACAACAAAUCAAGCGGAUUCAUCGGCUGGCUGAAGGACCUCGCCGAUUGGGAUGAAGACUCCGAUGGAGACCACCGUGACGAGAAAAGCACCAAAGACGAAGACCGAGAAAAGGAGAAUCCCCUGAUAAAUCUCGUUAGCAGCUUACUUAGCACGGACGCUGAGGACACCAGCGAAGAGAUAAAAGUGCGUCGCGUCGGUGCCGACGCAGAGGACAGCAGUUCGGAAGUCAAACCAACAGCGCCAAAGAAACCGAAAGAAUCGAAAAUUGUCCAACUGCUGAACACCAGCCCGUUGAAUGCUUUGUUUCCGGCCGGUGACCUCCCCGCCGAAGACAGCAUCGAAACCGAUCCGAAAAAGGUGAAAAAACUCCAACACACCCCAUCGAAAGUGGUCAAGCAGCGCAUCGAAAUCUCCCCGGAAGACUUCGAAUCUCUGCUGCUGCGUAUCCCAUCGUUCGUUCCGGACUACGCUCGGCUGAAAAACAACGAAUGCCGACGACAGGGUCAAAUCUUCCAGCGCCAGUUGCGCGGCAAGCGCCUCUGGGCGCUGCAAAUGAUCGACGCCAGCGCUAAGGUAACCUCCGGUUUGCUCCGCGGUAACGCCAACCAGUUGGGAGAUUACGACCUGUGCACCGGAAUCGCCACCAAGAUCAACGUGAAGGCAGACGAACAGGUCCGAAUGCGCGGCAAGUACUGUCUGGCCCACAUCGAUGUGGUGGCCGAAGAUGACGAUCUAAAACUGCCGGUGCAUUUGCUGCAGGGUCGAGGCUUUAUCAAGAGUACCCUAAAUGACCCGGACCACUUCCUGCCCCGCUUCACGACGCUCAACUGGGGCAUCUGUCUGCCGGCGGCGUGCAGCUUCGAGGACGCCGGAAGCAUCGUGAAGAACUUCGUCAAACCGUACAACACGACCGGCAUCAAGCUGUUCCUCGAGAUCGAGGAAGGCAACUGUCACGUGCGGCAGAACGCCAGCUGGCCGAAGCUGUUCCGCGAUAACUGGCAGCUGGUGGCUUCCCUUGGCUUCUACACCUUCGUCCUGGUAAUAGCGUUGGUUGCGUCGCUGAACGACUUCGGAGUCAUCCGCAUCGAACCACAUCCGGCUUCGAAAGCCGGGAAUGGGAACAGCGAAGGGGACGCCUCCGGCGACCAGCCGGACCCCAAUCUGCUGCAUCAAAUCUUGAUGUCGUUCUCGGUGAAGCGAACGCUGCGUCAGCUGGUCGGUGGGGAGGAUGAAACCCUUGUCGGAAAGCCGACCGUUGGCUGUUUGUCCGGUUUGCGUGCUCUCGCUACCGUGGUGCUGUUUGGCGCUCUGCGCCUAAUUCCGAUGGGCUUUCAGCCGUUUACCAAUCGGAACGAGUUUACCGAAAGUUUCAACUCACCGUGGUCCGUCCUGCUGCGGGUGCUGAUGCUGUACGCCGACGUGUAUCUGGUGAUCAGCGGAUUUCUGGCAGCUUAUCACAUGAUCGGAGAGUUUCAGCAGAAGCAGAAGGUGGCCUGGUUCAGGAGGAUUGUCGGGCGGUAUCUAAGACUGACACUACCGCUCAUUCCGGUGUUGAUUUUCUACUCCUGGAUCUGGGAACACCUCGGCAAUGGACCGCAGUGGGGCGACGUCGUAGUGAAGAACGCCAACCUGUGCAAGUUCAACUUCUGGAACAACAUACUGUUCACGCAAAAUUGGUACCCCAUCGAGGAAGGGUGCGCUCCGCACACCUUCCAGCUGGCGAUCGAAAUGCAGCUGUCCAUCAUUGCGCCCUUCCUGCUGAUCGUACUGACCAAGAGUCCCUUCUACGGGGCCGCUGCCUUCGUAACGCUGCACGGACUUUCCACGGCGAUACGGUUCGUGGCCACGACGGAGGAUCGUCUAUCGCCGUACAUCUACCACGGCAUUCGGCUGACGCAAAUCUACCGGACUGCCAAUCUGAGCUUCUCGGAAACACUGCACCGGGCGACGCCCUACCUGGCCGGUUUCGGGCUUGGCUAUCUGCUGCGGGAGACCGACCUACGGAAGCACGAUCGUGGCAUCAACUGGAGUGGCUGGAUCGGGAUGGCAAUCGCCAUCGGUUGGUGCUUCGGGUUCACGCUGGACAUUGCCGAUAAGGAUUUUCAGUACGUGAUGGCCGAUGCCGCCCAGUACGCCGCGCUGGCUCCCCUUUCGUGGGCCCUCGCCAUUUGCUGGAUCAUCUACUAUUGCAGCACCCAUCCGGACGGGCUGUUGAAUCGGUUCCUCAGCUGCCGGCCGAUGGUUUUCCUCAGCAAAAUAUCCUACUCGGUUUCGUUGAUUCAGUUUUUGGUCUUUUUCUACUUUGCCGGUUCGAUCCGGGGCAGUGAGGUGUUCAGUUUGGCCGGUUUCCUCAACCGGGCGGAAAUUUGCCUGCUGCUAGCGGGUGGCACCGUUCUGACGUUGCUGUACGAUCUACCGAUUCAGAACGUUAAAGCCAUUCUGGACCGGUCGGGGAUCUUCGAUCGGAUGGAAAAGAGGGACACCUCGUCGGUUGGGCAGGAGGCUCAGGCCGAAUCCGAGAAGGUGGUGGUCGAAAAUGGUUCUGCGGCUCCCGGCCCGGAAGCCGGUCAAUCAUCCAGCGGCGACAAUAAGGUGGAUGAUGAUUUUGUUAGUCCUUUCGAUGAACGAAAAGAUGAGGACGAUGAUUUUGUGAGGCCCGUUUGGAAGCGGAAAACCGCCACACCGGAGCCGGAACGGAAGCCGGCGUCUCCGACGAAGGGUUUCUGGGAUGACGAGGAGGAGAGUGACGCACCGAAGGUGGUCUUCAAGCUACCGCCGGUAGCCAAAACGCCAGAUCCACCCAUCGAAGAACAGGAAGAGGAGGAAGAGGAGCAGGAAGAAGAAGAAGAAGAAGACGAAGAGGAGGAAGGAGACGACGAAAUCGACGAGGAGCAGGAAGUGAUCAAAAGACCAACGCAAAGUAAGACUUCUGCCUCACCACCGCCACCGAAAUCCGAGCCAGAGCCCGAAACGAAACCGAAGACGACGACGACGACGACAGCCGGGGGGUCGUUCCGUUUUACUACGAGCCGCUCGUACAGUCCACCGCCGACGACGAGACGCCGCCAGUGGCGAACCUGGGAUCUGCAGGAUGACUGA